AUGAGUAGAUGCGAUAUCUAUCUAUCUAUCUAUCUAUCUAUCUAUCUAUCUAUUCUGGUCUUCUCAUAUCUAUCUAUCUAUCUAUCUAUCUAUCUAUCUAUCUAUCUAUCUAUCUAUCUAUCUGUUCAUAUCUGUCUAUGUUGCUAUCGCCCUUUUUUUUCCAGUCUCGUUGAUAUAACAUUUUUUCUCUGUCUCGUUCAUUUGAUCCUUUUCCAGGCUGAUAUCGCGCUUUUUCUCAGUCUCGUUGCUUUGUUCCAUUUCCAGGUUAAUAUCGCACUUUUUCUCAGUCUCGUUACAUUCAUCCUUUUCGAGGUUGAUAUCGCCCUUUUUUGCAGUCUCCUAGCUUUCAUCCUUUUUCUGAUUGAUAUCGCCUUUUUCUCUCUCUCGUUCCUAUCAUCUUUUUUCAGGUUGAUAUCGCUCUUUUCUGAGUCACUUAGAUCCUUUUCCAUGCUGAUAUCGCCCGUUUCGCGGUCUCGUUUCUUCGGUCUUUUUCCACGCUGCAUCUUUCGCAGUUUCGCAAUUUUGAUCGUUUUCCAGGCUGAUAUCGCCCUUUUUCGAAGUCUCAUUUUAGCUUUUUUCCAGGUUGAUAUCACCCUUUUUCACGUUCCCUUGAUCUUUUUCCAGAUGGAGAUCGCCCUUUUUCGCAUCUUUCUUUCUUUCUUUCUUUCUUUCUUUCUUUCUUUCUUUCUUUCUUUUAUAUAUUCUUUAUCUCUUACUUUCUAUCUUUUUCUUUUCUUGCUUUUUUUCAAUUUUUCCUUUCUUUUUUACUUCUCUGUAAUAUUUCUUUCUUUCUUUCUUCGAAGUAAUAUAUUCUUUCUUUCUUUCUUACUUCGAAGUAAUAUAUUCUUUCUUUCUUUCUUUCUUUCUUUCUUUCUUUCUUUCUUUCCCAUUCUUUCCUAA